ACGUCUCCACAACUAGAGCUUCGCGCUCAACAGCCCACCUCUUUCUUUUACUCUGCUUCUUAUAGCCCCUAGAAUUCGCUAUAUAGAGCCUUGCGCUCCCCCUUGCUUUCAGGAUGCACUCGGCCCUUGUGCGUCUCCAAAAUGUCUUUGGCUUCUUCACCACCGUCGCUUUCACAGUCGCGACUGUAAUUGCGCUCAGUAGUUUCAUAACCCCACAAAACCCCUCGGCCAACAUAUCGCUGCGAAAUGUACAAGUAGUCAAGGGUCGACCGCAUUACUACUCACCCAAGCGGGAGGAGUAUGCGCAUAUUAAGUUCGACUUGGACGCUGACCUCACCACGCUCUUCAACUGGAACACGAAGCAAAUCUUCCUCUACCUAAAAGCCGUCUACCCCUCCACACGCGCCUCAGAACCCCCCUCGGAAGCCAUAAUCUGGGACGCCAUUCUCGCCUCCUCAUCCGCACCCUGGAACCAAAACCACUUCAUCCACCCAGACCCCAAAUCCAAGCUCCCCAAGCUCUCCGCCAAGAAACGCGCGGCCGCAAAACAGAAAAUCGUCUCCCCUUACCCCAUCGGCGAACUGCACUUGCAGAACCAGAAGCCGAAAUACCAAAUUACCGACAUCACGGGUAAGCUAGGUAACCGCACCGAUGUGGUGCUGGAGCUGGGCUGGAAUGUACAACCCUGGGUGGGCGCGUUGACGUGGACGAACUGGAAUAAGGUGGGUGUUUGGCAGGGGCUUGAGGGCGGCAAGAGUAAUGCGUUCAAGUUUCCUGAGGUGGGGGCUAAGGCGGCGAAGCCUAAGGAUUUGGAGACGGAGAAGGGGGCCGAGGGGUAUAGGUUGGAGGUUGGUGGAGAACAGCCGUUGAGGAAGGCUGUUUAGGAUGGUUGAUAUAUAUAAAGAAUGUGGGCUGGCGUGUUGGGGGUGGAGAUGCGCGCACUGGGUUCCUAUAUUAUGGGCGUGUUUGGUGGAUAUGGAGAUACCCGUCAUGGGACUUUGGGUGGGGGAAAAGGGCAUGGCCUGGGAUAGUAUGUUUGCAAUGAGAAUGGAUAAGAUUGAUUAUACUAUCUAUUCACC